AUGGGCAAAAAAAGUCUGAAACGGGCCAUCGAACUUGAUGUCGUGGAUUUCGCUGAGCACACAAGUGCUCAUGGAAUCCCAAGAGCGUAUGUGUCAACUGGAUGGAGGAGAUAUAUGUGGUUACUUUGUUUUUUAUUCUGUCUUUCUUGUUUUGGACACCAAGCUUAUUUGAUUGUUGAGAGAUUUAACAGAAAUGAUAUCAUUGUUGGUGUUGAGAUCAAAUUCGAAGAGAUCAAAUUUCCAGCAGUAACUAUUUGCAAUAUGAACCCAUACAAGAACUCAGCAGCUCGAGAACUCGGAGCAAUCAGAAAUGCAUUAGAAGCAUUCGAAUCGGCAAUUGAUAAAAGUGAUGGAAACGUUCAUACAAUCCGGAAAAGAAGAUCUUCGGGUUCCAAAAUGAUUGCAGUUGAUUUAAUGUGUAGAGAAGAUCAUGGAAUGCUGAUGGCUCAUGAGUUUGGGCAUUUGGAAUGUACAUGUGUCACCUUUGAUGACUCGGAAGCAUAUGAAGAUAAUGAUGAAAUCUUUUGGAACUGUCAUCCCAGAAAGAAAUGGACCCAUAGAAUAUGCCACGUGACAGAAGACCAUAACCAGAUGAAAACUUGCAAAUGUUUCGAAGAGAACUGCAUUGAGGACGAAGCCACAAAACAGAUGGCGUGGCCACUUGUGAUGAGAGGAAACGGAACGAAACUUUGUAUUUCUAUUGAAUCAGGUGGUCCCAGUUAUUGUGCUUCUGCUCAGAAAUUUAAAGUUUCUUCGUGUCAAAAAUGCGAUUGGAAUGGAAAAUGUGAAGAAAACAAAGAACAAGAAGAGGGAUUAGGAAUAGAAGAAGAACGGAAGAAGUGCAUUUGCCAUCAUGGGAAUUGUUUUCAGAUCAAAAAUGAUGGAAAGAAAAGAAAAAGAAGAACACCAGAAAGAAAAGUUCAUGAGCGUCUUUUGAGCAGAUAUGAAGGACUUUUGGCGGUUUACUCUCACUGUAAUUGUACAAAACAGCACGGAUGCGUGUCUACUUUGGUACCAGAUGUAGAUCUUCAAAACUCAAAUGAUACAUGUCUUUGUUUUUAUAAUCAGAAGAAUGAGCAAGUUUGGCCGUGUUACAGAGAGCCAGAAUGGGAGGAGAGAAAGUGCAGCAGGUGGGAGAUUGAGCAUUUCUUUCGAAUUUCUUUCAAUUCUAUCUUCAGAUGCAACACGCUCGGGGAUUGUGUAUACACAGAUAAACCAAAGAAGCAAAAUAUAUCAUGUCUAUGUGCAACACCCAUCAAAAUGUGUGUUCGGAUUGAUCCUCCACAGAAAAAUGAUACAAGUUUAGAAAUUCCAGAUGAACGUGUUGUCAAGUUUUGGGAUAUACAGCCUUCAACCACAAUAUCUCCAAUCGUAAAGAAAAAAGAAGAACGGGAUAAAGCAUACGGUUAUACAGGAGUGAAAGAUAGAAUUGCUUUGAGAGCAAAAGCGAUGGAGAACAUUAUUUUUGCUGUGGAUGCAUUGACGGAAUCUCAAAAAUGGCAAAUCUCGUAUAACAAAUCCGAUUUCAUAAUGAAGUGUUCGUUCAACGGAAAAGAGUGCAAUGUGAAACAUGAUUUCGUUGAGUACCUGGAUCCCACCUAUGGAGCAUGUUUCACUUAUGGUCAAAAGUUGGGAAACAUUACAAACGAACGGUCAGGUCCUGCUUAUGGAUUACGACUGGAAGUGUUCGUGAAUGUGACGGAAUAUCUACCAACAACGGAAGCGGCAGGCGUCAGAUUAACGGUACAUGCUACAGACGAACAACCGUUUCCGGAUACACUCGGGUUCUCUGCACCAACUGGUUUUGUGAGCAGUUUCGGAAUCAAAUUGAAAUCAAUGGUGAGGCUCCCAGCUCCAUAUGGUGAUUGUGUUAAAGAAGGAAAAACAGAAGACUUUAUAUAUACCCAAAAGGCAUAUAACACAGAAGGAUGUCAAAGAAGUUGUAUCCAAAAGCAUCUAUCUCAAACAUGCGGCUGCGGAGAUCCCAGAUUUCCUCCUUAUCGAGAGUCAAAAAACUGUCCAGUCGAUGAUCCUUACAAAAGAGAAUGUAUCAAAAAAGAAAUGCAUGUGGCAACGAGAGAUUCAAAGAAGUUAGGAUGCUCUUGCAAGCAGCCAUGCAACCAAGACGUCUAUUCAGUGUCAUAUUCUGCAUCCAGAUGGCCAGCGAUUGCUGGUGAUUUGUCCGGAUGUCCGCAUGGAAUGGCUGCUCAUCACUGUUUGAAUUACAAAAGAGAGCAAGGAUCGAUGAUUGAAGUUUAUUUCGAACAACUCAACUAUGAGUCCCUAUUGGAAUCCGAAGCAUAUGGAUGGUCAAAUCUUUUAUCAGAUUUUGGUGGUCAACUUGGAUUGUGGAUGGGAGUCAGCGUUAUAACUAUUGGAGAAGUGGCAUGUUUCUUCUUUGAAGUUUUCAUUUCAAUAAUAAGUUCAAAUCGAACGAAACGACGUCCGGCAAGGAAGUCAUUCAGUUCUUCACUCCGAUGUUCCACUGAUUAUAAUUUGAACAAAGACGGGUUCAAUCUUGACAACUAG